UGGAGUUUAGCGCUCAAAAGGCUUGGCGUUUGGUGAGUAAGCAAAAUUCGUCAAGCCAGACCUCACCCAGCCAAGAGGGGGCUCACAGAGAUAGAGCAUCAGCUGGCAAAAGAGCAGACUGAGGAAUGAGCCGGCUGUGAUUUACGCGUCCGGUCGUUAGGUGCCAAACUUUGAUUUACUACUUAUAGCCUUGAUCGCAUGGUCGGUUUUUACGCAGACUGGUGGUUUAUAGAUCUCGUUGAUUGUGGCCCACGGCGUUGCUUCAGACACCCGCAUCUCCACCGCUGGGGGCGCAAGCCUCCGUCACAGAGGCCUCCUAUUUUCUUUGACGACAUAUAAAAAAAAACAAGCUGUGCAGUCAUCUGCCGACCCGAGCAGAGUGGCCCAAUGGUCUAAGCGCAUCGUCAAUCUGGCGACUGCAGUAGCUUAUACCAUGGCGGCGACUGUGCCGGCCGCAUACGGAAAUACUAGCAUCGAUCGACAGCCAGACCUAGUGGAUAGUGACCAAGAUGCCGAGGGCGAUGAGGAUGAUGAGUUCUAUCCAAGUCUCCCCCAAACGGCGCCUACGAUACCACAGGAAAAUGUCGAUAUUCCUUCAAACCUUGGGAAAGACGUGGAGACAAUCACAGCGAGUGAAAACGAGGCGAAUAGAGAAGAUGGCGCUGGGGGAGUGGAUAAUCCUGAGGCGGACCAUAAGGAUGACAUUGCCAAUAUAGAUGGGGUUGCCGACGCGGAUAGGGAUGGAGACGAAGAGACUGAGGCUAUCGGAGCGGUGAAAUUUCCAGAUGGCGAUGCCAAAUCUGACAGUGAUGGUGAGGAUGAUGACCCGAAUGACCCGGAUGUCGAAUUCGAAAACGAAUCCAACGGAGUCAAGGCAGAUUCCGAUGACGAUUCCUCUGAAGGAUCGGAAGCAGAUGAGGAGUGGGAGGCCGAAAGUAAUGACGUGGAAGAUGCAGAAGCAGAUGCAUCAAAUCCCAACAAUUGCAUAGUCUGUGGCCAAGACGAAGAACACGAUCCCAGCGAAGAGUUCGAAGAAUAUUUGUCAUGUGCUGUUUGUCGUGAUCAUUGUCACCGCCAAUGUGCGCGAGAACGAGGAGCUUUAAUUAACGACGAAGAUGCUGAAGAUUGGAGGUGUCCUGGCUGUGUUAGAAGCAAACUAGAACCUGAUAAACCUGAAGAGACGCCAUCCCGGCGAAAAUCAGGCACAUCAAACAUUGCACGAGAUCUACUACCCGCUCAUAGCGAAGCUUUAGGGCCGGAGUCCCAUUCUAUUUUCAGCUCGUUAAUAGUCGACGAUGAUCCCCUGGAUGGCUCUAGGUCGCUUCGGAAGCGGAGGGCAUUCGACGAGGGUCCAGAAGCGACUACGGUUACCCAGAAACGACAAAAGAAAACGCCCACCAGAUUCGAGGGGAUGAUUCCCACUCCUCUGCCUAGGAAUAUGAAAGCAGUACAAGCGUUGAUCGAAAAUUCUGCAGAGAGCACCCUUACUGCCCGCCAGUCGAGAUCACGACGAACGCGCAAAACCGAAAAGCCCCUUUGUAAUGUUGUUCAGCGUCAGCCAGGAAAGAUCAUUCUUUCAUUUCACCUAAAUAGUACAAAGUUAAACAAAAUCUUGAGCUCCCGGCCAAAACUAAAAGUCUCAAGACGAAGACGUCCGAAGCCACCGCCAGCGGUUGAACCGCCCCAGCCUCAUUUUCACCCCAUCCCCCCCGCGACAUACAGCGCUCCCUUUUACGCCUUCCACGAUCGAGAAAACGAUGAGCUCAAAUCGAAACCCUACGGGGGAAUCUUAUCAGAAGCUGACGCUGACACGUCAAAGACACUCCCCCUUGCUGCAGAUCGAGAGAAGUUCGAGGCCGCUCGUCAAAAAGCCGAAGAAGAAUGGAGACAGAAAAUGGCUGCUGUCGACCAGUCCGGUGACCCAGCACCACGUGCCUCACAAAAGAUCUCUGGUCCACCAAGCAAAAUAAAAUACAUCAGCUUUGGUGGCUACGAGAUUGAAACGUGGUAUGCUGCGCCUUAUCCAGAAGAAUACAGUAGAAACCGUGUGCUCUACAUCUGCGAAUUCUGUCUCAAAUACAUGAAUUCGGCGUUUGUUGCCUGGCGCCACAAACUGAAAUGCCCGGCGAAACACCCUCCGGGGGAUGAAAUAUACCGAGACGGAUCGGUGGCUGUUUUCGAAGUUGAUGGUCGCAAGAACCCCGUAUACUGCCAAAACCUUUGCUUGCUUGCGAAACUCUUCCUAGGAUCCAAAACGCUGUACUACGACGUCGAGCCGUUCCUCUUCUAUGUCAUGACAGAAUAUGAUGAGUUAGGUUGCCACUUCGUUGGCUACUUCAGCAAGGAGAAGAGGCCCAGCUCAUCAAAUAAUGUGUCAUGCAUCUUAACCCUCCCCAUCCACCAGCGGAAAGGCUAUGGCAAUCUCCUGAUAGACUUCUCCUAUCUCCUAACGAGGGUGGAACGGAAAACAGGGUCACCAGAAAAACCACUCUCAGAUCUGGGUCUAGUAUCAUACCGCAAUUAUUGGCGUCUGGUCUUAUCAUACCAGCUGCGAAAUCAAAAGUCUCCCGUCAGUAUUGCCGAGCUGUCAGAGCGCACCGGGAUGACAGCAGAUGACAUCGUGUCAGGCUUGGAGGGAUUGCGGGCCCUCGUACGGGAUCCCCAAACAAAAACGUACGCCCUGCGACUGAAUUAUGCCUAUUUCGAGGAAUAUAUUCGAAACUGGGAGAAGAAAAAUUACGUACGGCUCAAUCCAGAUGCACUUGUCUGGACUCCCUACCUUAUGGGUCGCAGUAACCAGUCACACUAUGACCGAGCACCGCUACAUACCGUUGCCCCGCGCGAUGAGCCCGAUGUGGACGGCGAUCUGGAUAUGGAAGGCAACAGUGAUAGCAAUAUGUAUACCAACCGAGCAGAAAAUGUGAAUGGUGAUACAAGGAGCAUGCAAGAUGGUCUCGUCAACGGACACCGCCAAGCCAGAUACGCAUCGCCCCCUUUUGAACCCCCUGGACCGCCAUCAAUGAGUGUGAUGCACUUCGAUGACCAUUCGUCAAGGCAAACAAACGGCGCCAGAACCCCGUCAGCGUCGUCCAUGAUACAGAAUCCAGCAGCUGGAAUCCCGCCCACGCGGUUCGAAAUAUUUCCCCCCAUCCAAGGAACAGUUGUCAAACGUCGACCAGGUCGGCCAUUCGGCUCAACUCGUGCUAAUAAGUUCAAAGGACGCACGACUACAGCCACUGCUCCCACUACCGCACGAACAAGUGGCCGCAGUACUCCAAAGCGAACCGCCAGCCAGGCUACGGGCACUCCGACACCUUCGAGUCGAACAAGUGGCCUCCGAAGGGGGCGAAGUAGCAGGCUCCUUGACGCUAAUGAUGCUAAUGAAACUAUGGGUGAUGGUAUUGAAAGCAGGGAGGACGGUGAACUUGAGCAAUUGGAGAAGCCGGAGCUCGAAUCUGCCGAGAUAGAGACGAGCGCUAUGGAGAUUGGUGCCAGGGCUACAUCUGAGUCGCUUGGCGGUUCGAGUAGCAAGGGCAGGGCUACCGGCGCUCUCGAGAAUGGCAACACGAAUGUCGACAAAGUUGCCUACGCUAUCACACCAUCUCGAGUCAACAAAGGCAAUAAGUCCCAUGCGACGGAUUUGGAUAUGGUGGACCAUGAAGGUGCCCAGGAAGCUAACCAGGGGGCUGACAGCAAUCACCAGUCGAUCGAUGGCAUUGAUGAAGAUACCUGAGAAUAACUUUCGACAUCCCUUCCCUUGUCGACGAUGGAGGCUGUUUCUCUACUCGAAUCAGCGAUAUAUCUGAUAUUUCUGAAUGUCAUAACGUUGCUGGAGCUUAUCACCAUUCGUUCUGACUUUUCUUAGGGCGCAAUAAGGAGUUUUACGUUGGUUCAUGUGGAGGUUAUGGGCAUGUUCAAUGAUAUUCUCCUUUAUUUCCUUUUAUACCACUGUUUUAUUUUUAUUUUUUAUUUUUUCUCUGUGAUUUCAGGCUCAUUUCCCCUCCAGUUACCGGAAUCAUAUCAUUCUGUUUUUCUUCUGAAAUGCACGCCCAUUUUCCCAUUUCGGGUUUCGCACCUAAAAUCAUCAUUGGCGUCUCGUUUUGUGACAUUCGCCGCACAAUUCAUCCGGUCUGCUAUUCCGCCUACGACCCUUAAACCGAUCUUCUCCUCCAUGCACUUCUGUCACCCCUAUCUUGUAACAGACACAUAUCUCACUAUCCUCUGUACUUUAUUAUUAUCAUUAACUGGUCCUAGUUUACAUCAAUUUUGAGCCAAUGGGAUAUUUUGGCACGUGGAAUAAUUUCGACGCAUCCAUCUCUCUCUCUCUCUCUGCUCGCUGCUUGUUCUUGGUUUCAGGCCAACUCCGUUGGUCUUUAGUGGCAGCUAAUGAUGUUACGUUAAUACAGGCUCUAAUAGUUGACCCCCACAUAUAGGUAGCAAAGUAAUCUAGCACAGCAUUACUCUUCUGUUCCUCGUACCUGCGUCUCGAGCCACCAAGUUACCAGGGUUCCAUGCUCGUAGCCUUCCCUCUGUUUGUGCGUGCGAUAAUCUUGUCACGAAAGUUUCUUUUGCUCACUCGAGGGCUUGCAUCCUUCCAUUAUUUGAUAUGCCGAAGUCAUUUUUACAUUUUUACUUCUUUCUCCCUUUUUGUUUGAAACCCCAUGCGGGGUUUAAGGUUUGGCUUAAUCUUCAAGUUCCAAGAUCUAGCAAACAGGUUUUGAUAUAUAUAUACCCAUACACAUGAAGCGAACCCCAGUUAGCCAAUGGCGGGAAGGGUCCAGAGUUUAAUCGCUUACGCCUAUGAUUAAUUAUCCAGGAGACAACCGGUCGGUCCUUGAGAAGGUCCUGAGAAUGUCCUGCGUCAUGGGUAGAAUACACAGGAGGCUGUGUGGAUUUGUAGAGUAGAUAAGAUGUGCAUAGAGUUCUGUAUAACUAUAUUUUGUGAAUGGCAGGAAGCCGGAAUCAGGCGGGAUGAUUGACUUCUUCGCACUGCCCUUAAAUGUCCCACACACACACACACACACGCACACACACACACCCACCUUUUUGAUAAACACCCGGGACAUUCCGCACACGUAAUGUACUUACUUGACUUGACACGAUAAGAGAAUGUCGCCAUCACUUAUUCAUUUGUUUCAGGGGCUUAUCCCUUAUCUGAUCUGAGUGGUUUGUGAGAAAUGUUCAAAUAAGAGUCAAGUCCACAAUUAUUCUGCGCCUAUGGAAAAAAGUCCUGUUGGGAGGCUCGUUGACAUCCAAGAGUGGCUGGAUGGUGUAGUUGGUUAUCACGUAUCGCUCACAUUCCUGGUCUGCACAGCGCAAGCUUAGUCAGCAUACCACAUGUGCCGAUAAGGUCCUGGGAUCGAACCCCAGUCUAGUCAUUUUUUUUUUUAGUUCUUUAUUUUUUUUGAUUUCUUUUCUUUUCUUUUCUUUUGUCACAUUUCAUAUUAUAUGAUUUAUUUUGCAAUAAGGAACCUCAUGAGCGGUAACGGACUAUUCUCGACGCUUUCACAUCAUUGGAUGCGAUUUGGGUUGAAAGGGGGGCAAGAGUCGGAAAGCGAGACAAAGAAAUGAUGAUGGGGGUUGGAUUUCAGCGAAUGAGCGUCAGCAACAAACCUGUAGUUAAGUUGUAAGCAACUAUUUAUUUAACAAAUGAUAUUCAAAUAAUGGGAAGAAAAAACCCCACCCCCCUUUUAUGUCCAGAAAAAUGACCAUCCCAACAUUGAACAAAGAAAAUGAAGUGGAGGAAUGCGUUCUCUUCUCUGUUGCCGCCCUGCAUGGUCCUGCGAGGCUAACUACUGGAAAAUUCCGACUAGUUAUUAUUACCUAACUGCUGCUGUUGUGCUGCUGUUGUGCUGC